AUGGCACCCAAGCUGUCAGAGCACUGCAUCCCCCUCGAACAUCCUCACUGGUUCACCGUCACACUCGCAGCCUUCUUGGUCGUUGGCAUCUUGGUCAGCUAUCUACCACAACACUACAAAAUCAUCUCUCGCAAGUCCAGCGAUGGCCUGUCGCCGUGGUGGAUCCUCCUGGGCGGGCUCAGCAGCAUCGCUGCCAUCGGCAACAUUCUCACGCUUCCCACCAGCAGGGCCGACAUGCUUUGUUGCCGGGAGAUCGGAGAAGGAGCUUGUGGAGCUGCCCUGCUCGGAGUCCUCCAAAUUGCAGUUCAGUUCUCCUGCUUCAUGAUCAUCGUCUUCCUGUACAUCACCUUUGCGCCGCGAGAAGAGGACGGCGAGGUGCUUUCCACCUCAACUGCUACAUUGACAAAGCCUCCACCCCCAAGCCGCCCACGAGAUCCCCUCAUUGUCGGAACCGCCAUCAUCCUCUCACUCCUCGUAGUCGCUCUCACAUCGCUGAUCCUGGUCAUUCGCUAUCCUCAGCACACCCAAUCCUGGGCGGAUCUGCUGGGUUCCGUCUCUGGAGUGCUUGCCGCGAUACAGUACCUGCCCCAGAUCUACUUCACUGCGAAGAUCAAGGAUUUGAAGAGCUUGAGUGUGGGAACACUCAUCAUACAGGCACCUGGCGCUUUCCUGUUUGCGUACAGUCUCUUCCUGCGCGUGGGGGUGGAGGGCUGGAGCACCUGGCUGGUCUAUAUGGUCACGGGAGCUUUACAGAUGGUUCUACUUGGCAUGGCUGCUUCAUUCCAUGCUACGCGACAACAAGAGAAACGACAGGGCAUCAAUCACGACAGCAGCGACGAUGAAGAUGCCGCUGACUCGGAACGCACUACCAUGGCGAACAACUCGGAUGGCGCGGCUGACGAGCGUACAGCUCUUCUAGGCCAACACAGGGACUCGUAUCGGCCGGACGAAGAUCAUGUUCGCAUUGUUCCCGGUUCCUAG